UUUUUAGGGGGGGAACAUCUGUGUCGAGCUCAUAUAAAUGCAGAACCUCAAUGACCACAAAUGAAUAAAAGUCGGAUCUGUUUCCAAAACGUUUUCAUCAUGAGGUGGCUGUGUGUGCUGCUCGUGGGCACUAUUACUUGGAUGCCAGAUGUGUCUUCGGCUUCGGACAGAGUCAGAGAGCAUGAUUCGGCUCACAGGAUUUCAGCCCUACGUCCCAAACGAAUGGUGGGGGGAUCGCUGAACGCAUCCGUCCCGUGGCAGGCAAUGGUGUACCUCAGUGAAAACAUACUAGAGGGAGGUUUUGCUGGAGGAGCGCUGAUAGCGGAGCGCUGGGUACUGACUGCCGGCCGGAAUCUGUUUGUAAGAAAGAGUCGAAAUCAUACAAGAGGACAAGAACCAUUAAUCCCAAAAGUCUAUCUUGGAAUCAGCAAACUUUCUGAUGCAAAUGCUUCUUCUGAAGUAGCGGUGGAGAAGGUGUUUCUGCAUCCAGGCUUCCAGAACACAUCCGACUGGGACAAUGACCUCGCUCUGAUCAAACUGAAGGAGCCAGUCAGAUUUAACCAGUAUAUAAUGCCCAUCCCGCUUCCAGAGAGUGGAGAUACCCAGGCAGAGAGCGAAGGAGAGAGAGGCGUCAUCGCUGGGUGGGGAUGGGGGCGUCUUUUCACCCCUGCCCCGAAACUGAAGUUUCUCGCUCUGCCCGUCCAGCCAUGCAAGGGGAACUACACGGCAAAGGUCCUCGCAAGCACACCAAAUGUGUCCGACAGACAGUUUUGCACAGGACCCAGCAGGUACCAGGAAAACGUGUGUUUUGGUGACGCAGGGGGCGCUCUUGUGUUCCUGAAGCCCAACACCAGUGCAGUGUAUGCGGCGGGGAUCCUCUCCUUUGACAAGGCUUGUUUCGUCGAAGAGUUUGCCGUCUACACAAAGGUUUCCGCCUACCUGCCCUGGAUUCACAGCGUCAUGAGAGGAGAUUCACAGGGAUUUCCAGAGCGACGCGCUUCAAUUAUAAGUCACAUGUUUUCACAACAACAGUAGUAUGAUUGCUUAAUAAAUAUACAUUUAUUUCAUUGGUUUCCCAGACAGCAACAUAGGCUACGUCUACAUUAAUCGGGAUACAUUUGAAAACAGCGUUUUCAUUUAAAAAACGCUCUCCGUCUACACCAACGUUUUCAGGCGUAUCAGUGUGGAUGAGAGAAACGCCUUUUUGGAAAACGCCUGAAAACGCUACUGCGCUUGCGUAAAACCUCACUGAGAUGAUAAAGAUGGAGAAAUACAUCAUAAAGUUAUCGCGCAAGUCUUCUGGCAGGGUCAUUUUAUUUAGCAAAAUAUCUCAGCGUGCCGUUCACUGAUCGUCAGGUCGCACUCACUCACUAUUAUAUGUUUGGUCCGAAACUGCUGCAUGUUUUGUUGCGGGACAGCAAAUGUGUGUGAAUUCAGUCAUCUUUGCAGGACUGUGAUAUGAAGAGUGUGUGAAGGAACAUAUUUUAGCAACAGUGAAUCGCACAGAACAGGCAUCAUAUAAACAUGAUCUAUGCGUCACAUGACUGCAUCAUCGUUUUUUCAUCAUCGCACCCCCAUUUUGACAGUCAAGACUACAGUUUUCAUUAACAAAAAAGCCGUCAGUGUGGACGGUAGGCCAAAACAGAGAGAAAAAGAUGCUAGUGAGGACUGUGCCAAAGUUUCGGGCCAGAUCCGGGCCAUCUGGACACUUUGUUUGCUGUCUGGGUUGUAAUUUGCACUGUUAAAAUGUGAGAAUAAAAAUGGGGAUUGUCAUUUAACAUUUACAUCCAUAUUUGAAACAAAAAAGUGUUUAGUGUAUCUCUAGUGUGCCGCACAUGUAGCUUCUCAAUGAAGCCAAAACACGUCGAUCGCCCCCUAGUGGCUGGCUGCAAUAUAGGUCAUAGUGUAAUCAAAUGGGACACAAGCCAAACUAAAAAAAACAAAUUCCAUUAUGAAUAAUUUAACGUCAUGAUUGACAGCUGCCGCGGCAAUUAUUCCAUAAUAUGCAUCCCAUAUAGCUAUAAAUCAAUGCACUGGACAACAUAUUGUGCAUUUGCUGUGUUAGCAGGAACUCUUAAAAUAUCAAUUGUAUUAAACAAUGGAAAUUAAAUUUACUAAUCUGCUAAUCUGG